AUUAUGCUUCUCACAAUUUGAUCCUGCUGAAUGUGUUUCCCUGUUAUUGUGACUUGCUGCUGCCCUAUGACUCACGGACUCUGAUCUCAUUAAAAUCCUGAAACCGUGGUGCCAGGUGUUCAGUUCAUGCCAAGAUGAAAUGUUCACUGUAGCUGAACUGAAAAAGGAGAUAAAAGAUUAUAGCAAUAUUAGAAGAUACGACUCACAGCAAAAUGCUAUCUGACAAAGAAACAAAUGCACAUCAAAGCAGCCAGAUGGAGUUAAUGGAUUUACAAACAGAGGAAAUUGUUAAGAAAAAAACACUUCUCAAAUAUAAGAUACUCUGUGGUGUUCUUUUAGUCUCUUUGGUGGUUAUAUCACUUGGACUAGGCUUGGGACUUGGACUAAAACAUGAAGACCAAGUGCAAGUCAGCUGCAGAAACAGAUGUAAUGAGCCAUUUAAUAAAGAGGGGCAGGACUGCCAGUGUGAUGGUGGCUGUAAAGAGCGUCAAAACUGCUGCUGGGAUUAUGAGGGUACCUGCUUGGAACCAACUCAGAUAUGGACAUGCACUAAACUCCGUUGUGGUGAGACACGGAUAAGUGGAAGCCACUGUUCUUGUUCUGAAGACUGCUUGGAGAAAAAAGACUGCUGUGUAAACUACAAAAGUAUUUGCAAAGGUGAAACGCCUUGGGUGAAAGAAGCAUGCCCAUCACUUAACACUUCUCAGUGCCCAGAAGGGUUUGAUUUGCCACCACUUAUCCUUUUUUCCAUGGAUGGUUUUAGAGCAGAAUAUUUACAAACAUGGACUUCUUUACUGCCGAAUAUCAAAAAACUCAAAACAUGUGGCACGCAUUCAAAGUAUAUGAGAGCUGCUUACCCCACCAAAACUUUCCCAAACCACUACACUAUUGUCACGGGGUUGUAUCCAGAAUCUCAUGGUAUCAUUGACAACAGCAUGUAUGAUGUAAACUUGAGCCAGAGUUUCUCACUUUCUGGGCAGGCAAAAUACAACCCUAUCUGGUGGAAAGGACAGCCAAUCUGGCUGACAGCAAUGUAUCAGAAUUUGAAGGCUGGCACCUUCUUUUGGCCUGGAUCCGAUGUACCUAUUAAUGGAACAUACCCCAAUUUGUACAGGUUGUACAACAAAUCAAUUAUAUAUCAACAGAGAAUUUCAGAAAUACUCACCUGGCUUGAUGGUUCCAAAUCAGAGAGGCCAGAUUUCUAUACUUUGUAUAUUGAAGAACCUGAUAGUUCUGGACACUCAUAUGGACCAGUUAGUGGUGGAGUCAUUAAAGCCUUGCAGUUAGCAGAUGAGGCAUUGGGAAUGUUAAUGGAGGGACUAAAACAGAGGAACCUGCACAACUGUGUAAAUCUCAUUGUUUUGGCUGAUCAUGGAAUGGAUAAGACCUACUGCAACCAGUUAGAAUACAUGACGGAUUAUUUUAAUCACAUUAAUUUCUACAUGUAUAAUGGGCCUGCAGCUCGCAUUCGGGCUUACAAUGUUCCAGAAGACUACUUUACUUUUGAUUCUGAAGGAAUUGUUAAAAACCUUACCUGCCGAAAACCCAACCAACAUUUCAAACCCUACUUGACACCCAACUUGCCAAAGCGAUUCCAUUAUGCUAACAACAUUCGCAUUGACAAAGUUCAUCUUAUGGUGGACCGGCAGUGGUUGGCUGUUAGGGAUAAAGCUUAUACAUUUUGUGGUGGAGGUAAUCAUGGCUAUGACAAUGAGUUUAAAAGUAUGGAGGCUAUCUUCAUAGCACAUGGCCCAAGCUUUAAAGAAAAAACUGAAGUGGAACCUUUUGAAAACAUAGAAAUUUAUAAUCUAAUGUGUGAUCUGCUGCGUAUUAAACCUGCACCAAACAAUGGAACUCAUGGCAGUUUAAAUCAUCUUUUGAAGACACGUUUCUAUAAUCCAUCGCAUUCAAAAGAAGAGUCGCCUCCAUCUUCGUGCCCCUUUACCACAUCAACUCCUCUGGAUAAGUUAGGAUGCACAUGUGCCACAUUAGCAUCGGAUUUGGAAGCAAUAAAUCAAAGAUUAAAUCUCACCUCAGAAGGAAUAAAGAAGGCGGAGAACUAUAAUUUGCCCUAUGGCAGACCUAGAGUUCUACAGAAGCAAAACACCUACUGCCUUCUUCACCAUUAUCAGUAUGUGAGUGGAUACAGUCACAACAUCUGGAUGCCACUGUGGAGUGCAUACACUGUCAAUAAAACUCAGGCAUAUGCAUCUUCGCUUCCUUCCACUGUUCCAGACUGUCUGCGGGCUGAUGUUAGAAUCCCGGCUACUCAAAGCCAAAACUGCUCUGACUACCAGCUAGACCUGAACAUCACCCACGGGUUCCUGUAUCCUCCCAAUUUCAAUGCAACUGGUCCAGAACAAUAUGAUGCCUUACUUACCAGCAAUAUUGUGCCCAUGUAUGAAGAAUUCAAAAAGAUAUGGAACUAUUUCCAUGAUGUGCUGCUUCUAAAUUAUGCUGCAGAGAGGAAUGGACUGAAUGUGAUCAGUGGACCAGUGUUUGAUUACAAUUAUGAUGGCCAUUUUGAUGCUCUUCAUGAAAUUACACAGCACAUAAACAACACACAAAUCCCUGUCCCGACCCACUACUUUGUGGUGCUGACCAGCUGUAAGAACCAGUCCAAUACGCCACUGAACUGUGUGGGCUCCUUGGAUGUUUUGUCUUUUAUCAUUCCUCAUCGACCUGACAACAGUGAAAGCUGUGCUGAUGGGAAACCAGCGUCCCAGUGGGUUGAAGAAAGAGUUUGGGCUCAUGCAGCACGUAUUCGAGAUGUGGAACUUGUAACUGGGCUUGACUUUUACCUGGACAGAGAUCAGCCUCUCUCUGAAAUUUUACAGCUGAAGACAUUUUUGCCAACAUUUGAGACUAUCAUUAACUGAGCAUGUGUUAGAAACUUGGACAAAUAAAUCUAAUUAAAUCAAUGUUUCCUUCAAAGAAAAAGCUACUACAGCUCUUCAAUUUAUCAAGAAAACAAACAUGUUGUAAUAAAAGAAACAAUUUUAUUUACUUUUUCUCAAA